AUGAUACGACGAAGUCCGCGAUUUUGGUUUCUUAACUGUUGCAUUUCACCACAAUCCGAGAUAGCUCGAAUAAGGAUAGAUCAUUCGAUGAUUGGUGGUCCAACCGAUUUCCGACACAUUGGACAUAUGGGUGCAAAUGAUCUCAACUCUACGUUCAAUGUCGAUGCAGUGAGCUGCUUACUGAGGUCGAAAGGCGAUGACUCUUAUUCGCUACCAGUGCCGCAACAUCUUCGGGCAAAUGAUAUACCAAUAAUCAAAGGUUUAUGA